AUGGCCCCUGUGUCUCUUCCCUUAUUCUCCUUCUUGACCCGGCUUUGCCGUCUAUCUUCCGCAUUCUGGCCAGACUCGCGCACUUGCUCUCAGCUAGCUGGCCCCGCGCGACUCUCUCUCUCCUGCUCAAGCAACUUCUUGGUCUGGUCUCCCUUGGUCCGUCGAUCAGAGACUUACCACUGCUUGAGCAGGUCUGUGCGUUGCUUCUACCUCUCAUAGGUUAUAAGCCCAAACAAUCUACCAGCACGGUCGCUUUCGCGUCCGUUUCGUUUUUCUUUCUCGAACUUCGCACGCUUGCGCCGCCCCCGCUAUGCCUUCCAAGUCAGCCCCGGCGCUAUUUCCAAGCCCGACGCCGCCCUUGAGGCCGCCAUCGCCCCUAUCGUCGCUCGUCCACCGCAGCAGCCGGCCUCGUUUGCCGCGACGGAACUCCUCCGCGACUCGGCGGGCUACCAGGAUUGGCUCCUCGUCGUCCGCUCGCGUUUGCAGGUCGGUGUCCUCCGGUACCUGGAGAGUGUAAGGCAAGGCCUUACGACGGGCCACAGGCAUUAG